UUCGUGACUGCACGAAUCCAUGCUCUUUGGUUCUUGUAGGUUACUUAUGGUACAGUCCGUCGCGCGCGUUAACAAUCGGCGCGGACCGUACCACUGUCUGUAGGAGGCGGGUGUGUGGGGGGGUACAGAGUCCGCACGUCAAUCAACGGGGCACGCGCCUCCCGAGAGUUGGCGGAGUACAUAUUUAUUUAUUUUUGUGUUUGUUGGCCCCGCCUACGUGCGAACGUCACUUCCGCUGGCGAUUCAAACGCGGAGGAAGCGUGGCGCUUUGGGUUGGGCCGGGCUGAUCGGAACCUCGAGUGGUCGCAGCCGUCUCGGACUCAACGCCAACGACCCCGCUACUCUCGCCACCGAUUCUGGGCCUCAGAGUAACUAAAGCCGAGUCGCUUCGGGGUCUUCUUAACAUUUUCUUUCUGGGGCCGAAACCAGGACUCUUUAAGCGCAACCGAACAAGAGUGGUUGCGAUAAUUCGAUCCGAACAAGAGGUCAUCCAAACGGGGAGAGAUCCGCGCAUCAGUGCCGGGGAUAAACGAGAACUUCCCUUGCACCAGGGCUGGGCUGGAACAUCUGCAGCCGGAACGUCCGGGGGUUGUUCCAAACCAGAAGCCGGCGGAGGAGGAGGAGGAAGAGGCGUCAGCGCGGAUCGCGAAGACACGGGGACCGGGAGAGGUGAUACGUGGUAUACCCGUGACCCAGCGUGACGGAGUCGGCGUUGGUUCCUGGUGGAGAUGAGCGAGUUCUGGAUCUCGCUCGGAUGCUGCGUGGCCGAGCAGCCUCAGCCCACGCGAAGGAGGCGAAUCGACCGGAGCAUGAUCGGAGAACCGACCAACUUCGUGCACACGACGCACGUCGGCUCGGGGGAGAUGUUCAACGGAGGGAACAACACGAACCUGGUAUGCAUAUGCAGCACCAGAUGCAGUCCAAGGGGGGCUACGGGAGGAGCUUGCGGGAGUCAGGGGGGGGCGCCUCCCGACACCUGGUGGACACCACAGCCGGAUGAGAGGGUGUGGGGCCGGGGUGUGGGGGGGGGUGUGGGAGAGGUGCCAAAACCAAGCAGGUCCGCGUCUUCGUGACUCCCGGGCUCGGUGUAACGUCGCAACUCGCGGGAGACGACUCUUGUUCAAGCAGCCGCCAUCGCUGACGCGAGGGGUGCGGGGAAAACUUUAGCAAUGUUCUCCCUUGUGGUGGGACGAGCCACAUGAUGCGUUAACACUUAGAUGAUGUUCCUGUUCCUUUUUCUGGGUCACUUGUAAAGUAUAAAGAGGGCUGUGUUUGAUAGGGGAGCUUUAGGAGGGGUGGGUUGGGGGGGGGGUUAGGGAGACCGACAGAAUACAACGUAAAGCUCUGUUUGCGGUCCGAUGCAGCGAGCACUGAUGGGCGGGAGAACCCUGCGGCUCCUGAAAAAGCCUGACCCAAAAAUCAAAACAUCAAAA